CCAAUCAUCACACCCUUUCUGAGCCCACCGGUCCCUCAGACCCUCAAGCCCCGGGAUGUUUAAAUCGCACCUUGCUAGCGAUCACCACUCCUUAGGAUACUACCUAAUUUAUGUGGGACCGUGUUUCAAACUAUUUUUUUUCUUCCCUGCUUCUUUCUCGUGUCAUUACGUUUUGCUAGCCUUCUGCUGUAGAUGGAACAUUUGCCGCCGGGAUGGCAGAUGUUGCGACGAGACAGAAUCUACUUCCCCAGAAUGGAGGUGUGUGAGGAGUCUUUAUCCUAUAGUAUAGAGAUGGUGAGUGUGGGAGUCAGCACAGAGCCCUGCCAUGCCAGGUGGGAGGUAGAGACAGAUGAAAUUGUCCUACAACGGCGGCAAAAGCAGAUAGAUUAUGGCAAGUGCACGCCUGGUUACCAGUGCUUUCUGCAGCAGGUUCCCAAGGCACAGCGACAGCCAGGAUUUCACCCUCAAACACCAAACAAGAACAGGAGGUACAGUCGUCGCUCCUGGGAUGCCCAGAUCAGGCAAUGGAGAAGAGCUCUACAUUCAUGGGACCCCCCUAGCCAGCCUCUGCAGGGCAGGGGGGCUGAGGGGCAGGAAAUGGAGAGUCUCUUAAAGCCAAUGGAUCCCACCCCUUUGGAGGACUUGUCUCAGGCCAUAGAACCCUCAGAGAAUCUGGAUGAGAAACAGAAGGGAGCCUCUUUUGCAGAUUUGGUGGCUCCUGCCCCCUCCUUUCCCUGGCUCUGUGUUGAAGAUCCCACCACUGGCUGUACUUUCUAGCUGAUCACAACUACUUAUCUGUCCCAGACUUGAGUAGGGCACAAAAUAGGGAAAACAUGUCUUUCGGGGGACUUG